AUGGCCUCCAUCGUCAAAUAUUGGAUUAAACAAUUCGCGGAGACAAAGGAAGACGUCUACGAUAAACUGACAAGAAACUACUGGCAAAACUUUGGUAUGACAGUGGUGAUGCAAAUCGAGAGGCUUCCCUCAGAAGAGGCCGACGUCGAAUCACUCGUUCGGGAGCAAACGGUUAUGUUCACAUCAUUAAAAGUCCAGAACGAUAGAAAAAAAUCUAUAAGAUUUGAGGGCGAUCUCGAUAAAGAUGUGUCAGAACCGAUCGUCGAGUACAGCAAAUUAACUCUGGACGUAUAUGAGCACAGUAUGAAGGAUCUCUUAUAUAAGACCUGCUGCGCGUACUUCGAACAUGCGGAGAAGAAAAAGUGUAGAGCGAUAUUUCCAUCGCUAGUGGACUUUCUGAUGAAAUUCGGAAGCGAAGAUAUGUUUGUGAGUGUCGCAAGAUCUUACAAGCUCGGCUCUGGAUUCGCAUUGUACGACGGAAUACUGCGAGGAUGGUUGGCAAGUGACUCGAUGCGAAGUCGGGCACUGGCACAACUCAUCUUUAUUAUGAGCAAGACCUUUAGUGACCGGGAGUUGGAGCUCUUAUUCCAUUCGUUCCAACAGAUGUCGCCAGUGGCAGUAGAGUGGUGCAUAUCUUUAUCGCUGUCUCCCGAAAUGUUGGUGCGGCCGGCGGCUUCCAAAUGGUUACGCAGCGCACUAGUGAAACAGACACUGCUGUCGCUGUGCCGACGCGGAGAUGAAGCAGGGUCUAGAUUAGUUUUGGACUGUCUAGCAUCAUACGAAGGAGACCUGUGUGUCGGCGAGCAGACCGCCCAAAGCAUCGUAUCGACCCUGACAGACACAGUGUCACCGGAGCGCUGCAAGUUGGCCGCUGAUGUGUGUCGAGCUCUCGCCAGCACCGACUUUGCUGAAACAAGCCUACCGUUAGCUAUGCGUAUCUUUGAUCUCGCCCUCGAACAUUUAUCAAAAGAUAAGGACACAUAUACUGAAGAAGAGGUGGAGGAUCAAGCCGAAGUGGAAACGUUGCGAGCGUCGGUCUGGCAAGCGGUGUUAGACGCGUGGUCCAGUGUCGCCGGGCCCGCCCUCUGCGAAGUCGCGAUCCCCGCCAUAUACAAGCACUUGCUGGAAGACGAAGACACUCUGGACACACAACUAAUAGAGCGCUUAGUCUCUCUCUGUCCCUUCCUCACCGACUACGAUGACAUCGAAGACCUGAUAGACCAGAUCUUUAAUAUUCCCAUUGAAUCGUCAGACACCGCUGUGCGAACGUUCGCUCUCCGCCAAGACUGUGUCUACGGACGUCUUUCGUGUCCCCUAGAAACCGUAGAAACGAAACGUCUUAUAGAAAUCGCGGAAGACAAUACUCUGCGCGACCUGGAGAGACGAGAUGUGGUUUUGUUUACGCGAUGUUUGGUUCUACGUGCUGGUUUCUUCAAAGAAGUUAUCGCGGACGGGAGGGAGAACGACGCCCGUCUGACGAAUCCUAUCUCCUUCGAUCAUGUGUUAAUGCGUCUUUUGGAGGACACGGCUAUUAUAAGUUCCCUUUGUGAUGGAUAUGCUUUCGCAAACUUCUAUGACAUUCUCAAACAAUGCAAAGUGUACAUGGACGCAAAAAUCAACGACAUCAUAGAUACUUAUGACAACGAUGGUGAAUAUCUUCGUCAUAUGUUGUCCCUCCUGUUAAACAAAUCGACAGAUGUCGGUUUUUACUGGAUACAGGCAUACAAACUGCUUAAAAACAGAGCACACAAAGCCUUAGACCUAAAUCUAGAUACAGAAUUAAUGGCUACGGUCGACGUUGCUAUGUGCUCGGCCUCGAAUAUAAAAAAUUGGUCACAGCUUGAGUUUUCCACGCGGAUCGACAUGUUAAAUGAAAUAGUUACCCAAAAUGGGUAUUAUCAUAUUUUAGAGGGGUAUAAGAACAAGACCCAAGAUGCCGACUUGAAGUCAUCGUAUUUCCCAAUGGUCCGGAGUUGGUGUGUGGCACACGACCUCACUUCUAACGCGGAGGAGAACGUUGGUCGCCGAGAGCAGUUUGCGGACAAAGUGCACGAAGCUCUCUCCACUUUAAGCCUAGUCCCCAUAAUGGACGACUACUACAAAUACGGCGAGAAAAUGUUUAACGACAGAGACUAUACGAAGGAAAGCUGGCGCAUGACAUGUUGUCAGUCCACGUUACUGGAUUGCUUGGGAGCUAUGGUGGACUCGCGCGGCUGGGACAUGGAUUCCCACGAGUGGGACUUCGUCAACAUUGUGCUUUGUUCUGUGCUCACUUCGCUCACGCUCACACCGCAAUUAGGGUGCACUAAAUUGGCGAUGAUAACGCGUCCGGCACUGAAGCUGUUUCGCAGCGUAAUAACCUUCGUGAACAACGUUAGAGAAGAGUGCGUGAAACGCGAACCGCGCGCGCACAUCGCAGAAUUGCCCACGGAGUGGAGAGACAUCUUUGCGCCGACCGCCUUCACGGACAUCGUUGCGCUGCUCUCUCAUGUUCUAAGGUCGGCAGAAGACACUACGAUGACUGUGUGCUAUGUGGCGACGAUAGACGAGCUAAUAGGUGCCGUGCGACUUAUUAACUGGGACCUGACGUCGGCCGAGAAAAAGCAGAAAGAACACUCGUUGGAUACUCUGGCGUCACUCGCGAUUCAUGUGCUGAGCCAGGACGUUCCGUCGGCUUAUAAGUACUUGGCUUUCGCGGCGGUGAGGAUGCUCUCCAAACCCCUCGUCUUGGAUGAUGUCGAGAAGCUAAGCCAAGCUGGCGAGCGCAGUGAGCGAGAGGGCGAUGAAGAUGAAACUAUUAUAUCCCUCUCGCUCGCACGAUACUACGACGCACUGCGUAUCCAGCUUGUUCAACUUGACGGGUUGUUGCAGGAAGACAGCAAAAUUGAAGAUGAAUCUGUCGACAAAUCUGCGCUGUGCUCGGCCUCAUUGAGUUUCCUGCUGACAGCGCUAGCUGCCUUGAUGCAGAGUGAAUUGGCGAGAGGCGAUCUUGUACACCACUACAUUAACUCCUUUGGAGAAAGCGAGUUAAUAUCGUGUAUCGUACUGGUCUCGAUGCGGCUGUUGCCAGCCGACGUGCUCCGUGCUGCGUCCAACGACUCUCCCACUGCUGCCCUCUCUGAUAACACGUUGGACCAUUUCACUGGCGAUCCUAAACUCUCGGUGCACGAUGCCGAUAUAAUGUCCAUUGUGCACGCGACAUCCUGCCGUGUCCUGUAUAGCACGAUGCGAGCGGCGAGCGGAUCGGUUCGUUCGUACUGGAGCUCGAUGAGCGCUCGCCGAGCGGCCACGCUGCGCCGGAUUGUCAUUCACGCGAUAGCCCAACCGCUCAUCGACGAACAGCUGCAGCACUUGCGGUACCACAAUUCUAUUUUGGAAGAUGCCGAGGUGUAUAUAUGGCGUAGCCAAGGUGGGAAGCACAGCCGCGGUGAGUGCGUCGUGCGGUGUGUGGCUACGGCUGAAGAACGUGCGCUGGAGCUGGCGAUCUCGUUGAGCGAAGCGCACCCGCUGGACCCGCCACGCCCAGUACCCGUUGCAGCGGCUCCGGUGCCCACCCACCGUCUGCAUUUCAUUCGCGUCUAUCUCGCAUAUCAGAAUGGUUGGGUUAUAAACGCGCUGAAAAUGUGGACGGAAAUGGUUCGCAGUCGCGUAGAAUCCGCUGCACAGUGUUAUAUUUGCUAUUGUCGUCUUCAUCCGACAACUGGGAAACUGCCAAAUGUACCGUGCUACACUUGCAACAACCGCUUCCACUCGCAUUGCCUCCGCAAAUGGUUUAAAACAAGCAAGAAAUCCAAUUGCCCGCUGUGCCGAACUGUGUUCUAA